AUGCGUAUUUUGCUUAACGUUCAGUUUUUAGAGGGGCGUGAUUCUUGGACGUGGAAACCGGAUGGGUGUAAGUUUACAGUUGCUGCGGUUCGGGAUUUUAUUCAGAGUAAUUCGGACGACAUUGAAAAUGGCUGGAAGUUUUGGAACAAGUGGGUUCCGCCUAAGGUGAAUCUGUUCACAUGGAGGGCCGAUAUGGGAAGGAUACCGGUAAAAGAUCAGUUGGCAAAAAGGGGGGUUAUGGUGGAUUGUUUAAAUUGUUGCAGGUGUGGCGAGGGUAUAGAAUCGGUAGAUCAUUUGCUUUGCGGCUGUUGGAUGUCUAAGGCUAUCUGGUGCGAGGUUUUGGCUUGGGUUAAACUUCCGGUAAACGUGGAGUUUGAGACCCCUAUUAAUGCUCUGGAAUUCGUUGAAGGAAUGAAAGGUUCCAGUCUUUGGAAGCAAGUUAUAAAUCUGAUUUUUCAGGCUACGAUGUGGCACAUUUGGAAGACCCGUAAUGAUAAAGUGUUUUCUAGUCGUCAAGUUUCUGACAACUUGGUGUUAGAUGAGAUUAAAAGCGACGCGUUUCUUUGGUAA